AUGGUAUCAGAAGAAGGUGAUGACACUUUUAUUUGGGUGGUUCAACGAAAAGAUACCAACCAGAUGGCCACUAUGGGUGGUUUUGUGGAUGUGGGAGAAUCUGUGGAACAAGCUGUGCAUCGAGAAUUGAAGGAAGAAAUGGGGAUUGUACUGGAACAAGGGAGUGGAAGUGAACAAUUAAAGCUGCAGGGUGUCUAUUCGGACCCCCGACGAGAUAAUCGACGAAGAAAUGCAUCUGUGGUCUUUGUGGUCAAACUGGCUCAUACCAUACACCCCAAAGCUGCUGACGAUGCCAAGGCAGUGAAAAAGAUUCAUGUGGAUGAAAUUGAGCAGUAUGACUUCUUUGCCGAUCACAAAACUAUCCUGUUGGACUUUCGGCAUUCCUUGAAGACCAGCAACCAUGGAUUGGCAACCACCAAUUCAAUUGGCAGUGGCCUGACAGGUGAACAAUUACAAAGUGCACAAUCAGCAGUGGCAAUGGAAAGGAGCAUUUGCAUGUAG